AUGCUAAGGACGUGCAGUAGACGAGUUAUUAGCCGGUUGUUCUCAAUCUCCCAGUCUGCUGCCCUUGCUGAGGAGACUCCACCCCAUGUUCCAGUCAUGGUUGACCUUGUUGCCGAACACCUUCAGUUGUCCGAAGGCAAAACUAUCGUGGACAUGACCUUUGGUGCUGGUGGCCACACCAAAAAAAUGUUCGAGGUGUGUCCUGAGGUGAAGGUCAUUGCCCUGGAUAGAGACCCGGUGGCUUUUGAAUAUGCCCAAAACCUGGCUGCAGAUCAUCCACUUAAUCUUACCCCUCUUUUGGGAAAAUUCAGCGAGUUGCCGAUACUUCUUAAUGGUUUGGACAUUAGUCCUGGAAGUCUAGAUGGAAUGUUGCUCGACCUUGGUUGCUCUUCUAUGCAGAUGAACCACGGCCACCGAGGAUUUUCUAUCAGCAGGGAGGGACCUCUGGAUAUGCGGAUGGACAGCAGUCCUAAAAAUCCAGAUCCAACGGUGGCAGAGGUUUUGGCUCACAUUGAGGAAGACGAACUUGCAAAGACUUUAAAGAUCUAUGGUGAAGAGAGACAAGCCAAGAAAAUAGCCCGGGCUGUUGUGGAAGCUCGUUACGCUGGAAUUUACAUGCGAACAACCAAGGAACUCAGCGAGCUGGUGGCCGAGGUCUGUGGCAUCGAUCAUCGGCAGGACAAACUUCAGCGACAUGCACACUCGGCAACUAAAGUUUUCCAAGCCCUGCGCAUCCUGGUCAACAAUGAACUCAACGAGAUCAACUACGCUAUGCUUUUGGCCAGCCGCUACCUGAAAAAGGGUGGCCGCCUAUUGGUGCUGACUUUCCAUUCGCUCGAGGACAAAAUUGUUAAGCGGCACUUGUUCGGACAUGUAUCUGGAUUUGCAGCCAAUGUAGAAGCACCCAAGUAUUCUUUGGACAUGCAAGAACCUAACACUUGUUGGCACCAGCUCCACAAGCACGUCAUUAUACCCUCAGACGAUGAGGUUUACGAAAACCCCAGGAGUCGAUCGGCUAAAUUAAGAGUAGCUGAGAAAGUGAAGUAAAUUUAUAAAUCAACUUGCUGUGUACGUCUGUUGAGGCAAUAAAUUGUUAAUUUAUAAAAACCUUAGUCAAAGGAAAGAUAAAACAAAGAAGUAGAA